AUGGAGUCUAAGCAUAUAAUGAUGUCAGCAUUGAGUGUGGGAAUAGGAGUAGGGAUAGGAUUGGCCUCUGGACAGACUGUUAGCAAGUGGACCGGUGGUGGCUCCUCUUCCAACGGCCUCACCCCACAGGUUAUGGAGAAAGAGAUGAUGAAUGUUUUGGUUGAUGGCAAAGAUAGCAAAGUCACCUUUGAUCAAUUCCCUUACUAUCUUAGUGAGCAGACAAGAGUUUUGCUAACAAGUGCAGCCUUUUUUCAUUUGAAGAAAGCUGAAUUUCAUAAACACGCAAGGAAUCUUUCUCCUGCAAGUCGUACAAUAUUGCUUUCGGGACCUGCUGAAACUUACCAGCAGAUGCUUGCGAAGGCUUUGGCUCAUUACUUUGAGGCCAAGUUGUUGCUAUUAGACGUAACCGACUUCUCUCUCAAGAUUCAGAGCAAAUACGGGUGCACCAGUAAGGAAACUUCUUUCAAAAGGUCUAUAUCUGAAGCGACUUUGGGCCGAGUAUCUGAUUUGUUUGGAUCAUUUUCAAUGCUUCAACCCAAGGAAGAAUACAAAGGAACGUUACGUAGACAGAGCAGCGGGGUAGAUAUUGAAUCAAAGGGAACCGAAGGGUCACUUAAUGUUCCAAAAUUGCGUAGAAAUGCAUCUGCUUCUGCUAACAUGAGUAGUCUUACUUCAAAUACAUCAUCUGUGAUACCAGCUCCUCUCAAGCGGACAAGCGGUUGGUCUUUUGAUGAUAAACUUCUUAUACAGACACUAUACAAGGUGUUGGCCAAAGUCUCAAAGAGCCAUCCUAUCAUCCUCUAUCUCAGGGAUGUGGAGAUGCUGCUUUGUAGGUCAGAAAGAGUGUAUGUCUUGUUCCAGAAAAUGUUGAAAAGAUUGAGUGGAUCAGUGUUGAUCAUUGGUUCAAGAAUUGUAGAUGCUAGUAGUGACUAUAGAGAAUUGGAUGAAAGGCUUUCUUCUGUAUUCCCUUACAAUAUUGAAAUUAAAGCCCCAGAGGAUGAAACACAUCUUGUAAAUUGGAAUUCCCAGCUGGAGGAGGAUAUGAAAAUGAUCCAAUACCAAGAUACUAAGAACCACAUUGUUGAAGUACUUGCAGCUAAUGACAUUAUGUGUGAUGAUCUUGGUUCACUUCGGAUGGCAGACACAAUGGUCCUCAGUAAUUAUGUAGAAGAAAUUGUGGUAUCAGCAAUCUCUUACCAUCUCAUGCAUACCAAAGAUCCUGAGUACAGAAAUGGAAAACUUGUUAUUUCUUCUUCGAGUUUGUCCCAUGGAUCGAGCAUAUUUCAGGAAGGUAAAUCUGCUGGAAAGGACACUUUAAAGCUUGAAGCCCAAGCUGAAAUGCCAAAGAAUGGAGGGGGUGUCAAUGCAAUUGCAGAAGCAAAGCCCGGAAGCAAAACUGAUACUGAAGCAACAGUUACAACUGCAAAGGAUGGUGAUGCUUCGGACUCAGCUUCUAAAGCUCCAGAAGUUCCUCCUGACAAUGAAUUUGAAAAGCGCAUAAGGCCAGAAGUGAUACCUGCAAGUGAAAUAAAUGUGACAUUUGAGGACAUUGGUGCCUUGGAAGAAAUUAAACGAUCUCUUCAAGAAUUAGUGAUGCUCCCUCUCAGACGGCCUGACCUUUUUAAGGGUGGCAUCUUAAAGCCAUGCAGAGGAAUAUUGUUGUUUGGACCCCCUGGUACAGGAAAGACUAUGUUGGCCAAGGCCAUUGCCAGGGAAGCCGGAGCAAGCUUUAUUAAUGCCUCCAUGUCUACCAUUACAUCCAAAUGGUUUGGUGAAGAUGAGAAGAAUGUUAGGGCCUUGUUCACUCUUGCAGCUAAGGUUUCUCCAACUAUAAUAUUUGUGGAUGAAGUUGAUAGCAUGCUUGGACAGCGAUCAAGAGCUGGGGAACAUGAAGCCAUGCGGAAAAUAAAAAAUGAGUUCAUGACCCAUUGGGAUGGAUUAAUGACAAAAUCAGGUGAGAGAAUUCUUGUUCUUGCUGCAACAAACAGGCCAUUUGAUCUGGAUGAAGCAAUCAUUAGACGUUUUGAGAGAAGGAUCAUGGUUGGUCUACCAUCUGUGGAGAAUAGAGAAAUGAUACUAAAAACUCUCCUCUCGAAGGAGUGUGUUGAUGAAAGCUUAGAUUUCAAGGAGCUUGCAGCCAUGACAGAAGGAUACAGCGGAAGUGAUCUAAAGAACUUCUGCACAACUGCUGCUUAUCGGCCAGUAAGAGAGUUAAUACACCAGGAAUGCCUAAAGGACCUUGAGAAGAAGCUUGGAGAGGAAGAACGUGUAAAUUGCGAAGGCGCUACCUCUACAGAAGAAGAUAAAGAAGAAAGGGUAAUUACUAUCAGGCCGUUGAACAUGGAAGAUUUCAAGGAAGCUAAAAACCAGGUUGCCGCUAGCUUUGCAGCCGAGGGACCCAUAAUGACAGAGCUGAGGCAAUGGAAUGAAUUGUACGGGGAAGGUGGUUCAAGGAAGACAACAGAGCAAUUAUCGUACUUCUUGUAGGCAUAGACACGGAGUUGGUUACUCAAGCAUGCUAAUUUAUGGUGCAAAGGCGUAAUCAAUCUAGAUGUGAAAGGUGUGAGUUUGAGGAUGGUUGCAAAGCUGCUAAUUAAGAUAAAGUUAGCUCUUUUAAUCUGCUAGAACGCAGCAUUGUAAUCACUCGAGUGAGUCAAUAUUUAGAUAGUUUGCCUAGUUAGACAACAGUUCUGUGGAACUGAUUAAGGUUAUUACAUGGCAUGCUUCGGAGGAAAUUAAACAGUUAUUACACAAGCUAUAUAAAAUGUUUUGUA